GUGGGAUGGGAUUGGAUGGGCGAUACCACUGCUGGUGUAUGAAGAGGGGCAGUACUGACAGUGUGAAUGUACUGAGGAUCUCUACUAGAUUUUGGAGCAUUGCUGUGAGGAUUUGAUUGCAUUUACCACUGAGAAUCAUCUGAGAAGAACAGGUGUCAUGGCUGAAGAAUUCGCACCUUUAGACUGCCUUUUGUCCUCAGGAACUCAGAAGAUUUGCCUGAUCAUCCUCAAUCAGCCUCUGGAGCAACAGUACUUGGACGUGCUGUGGAGUAAAGCCAUAAUCCGGGCAUGCGCAGAUGGAGGAGCCAACCAUCUCUAUCGUCUCACUGAGGGUCAGCAGGAAUGUUUUCUACCAGACUACAUAAGUGGGGACUUUGAUUCCAUUCAGUCAGAUGUCAAGGCCUUCUAUUCAGAAAAGAAGUGCAAGCUGAUCGAAACGGCUGACCAGGAUCUAACGGACUUCACUAAGUGCCUGGCCAUUAUGGUGGAGGAGAUCAAAAGACGGCAAGUCCAGGUGGACACCAUAGUCACCCUGGGUGGUCUGGGGGGCCGAUUUGAUCAGAUCAUGGCUUCAGUGGAGACUCUUUUUCACGCCCAGAAGAUGACAGAGCUCCCUGUGGUGGUCAUUCAGGGUUCAUCACUGGCCUGUCUCCUGCGAGAGGGCAGGCAGCACCGGCUGUGUGUGAACACAGGUCUGGAGGGCAGCUGGUGCAGUUUGGUCCCAGUGGGCAGCCCCUGUGUCACCACCACCACUGGUCUUAAAUGGAACCUGGAGGAAACAGAGCUGGCAUUUGGAAAGCUCGUCAGCACGUCCAACACCUAUGAGGACCAUGAUCCCCAGGAGGGGAGAAAAGCUGUGACCAUCAAAACAGACAGGCCUCUUUUAUGGAGUAUGGGGAUCAAAAAGAUGUAGGACUUCCUUUGCAGGGGACCAAAACAAAAUGGAUAGUCAUGCCUUAACCACCAUUAGCCUUUUUCUUUUUCUUAAAUGAAUGCCAAAAUCAACAGUUUCCUUUGAUUUAUUAACACAGCCAAACAAACAUUGCACACAAAAAAAAAAACUAACAAAUGAAUGUACAAAUUUACUCCCACCCCAGCACCAAACACUGUUCCAUGCUCUCAACGUCCAAACUGCUCCAGCACACAAAUCAAAUCAGCCACCACUGAAAAGACAGAAAGAGAAAAAAAUAAAUCUUUACUUGAUGCCAUAGGACAGAGUUAAAUACUCAACAAGACCAAUGUAUUGCACUAUACUGUAUUUUUAAUACUUGUAUGCAUUUUUAUGUACAUGAACAGAUUAAACAAAUAUACUGUUUCUAACCUUAAUAAAGUUAAUCUUAAACAAUA